CAAGUAAAUUGGUCCUUCACGAGAAGUGCCAAGGAUGUUAUAAAUAGCUCGGUAUCGGUUACUUGAGCACAGCAAGUUCCAUUCUUCUAAUAAUAUACCAAUUAAACCAACCAUGAGUGUUGUUUUUGCCUUUCUUUUCCUGGAGUUACUUGCUACAAGCUUCUGCAAUGGAAACUUCAACCAGCUGGGUUGCAUCAAAAGUGAGAGAGAAGCACUUUUAAGGUUCAAGCAAGAUCUCAUAGAUCCUUCAAACCGACUUGCCUCUUGGAGUACUGGCGAUGCAGAUUGUUGUACAUGGUCUGGUGUUGUCUGUGACAACUUGACUGGCCAUGUCCUGGAGCUCAAGUUGAGAAACAGUUUUUCUCAUUAUGACGUACCUUCUGAAAUUCUUUUAGCCGAACAUGAAGCUCUUAAUAAAUCAAUGUUGAGAGGUAAGAUUAAUCCCUCUUUGCUUAAUUUGACACAACUGAUUUCCUUGGACUUAAGCUGCAAUGAUUUCAAAGGGGUUCAAAUUCCUAAAUUUUUGGGUUACAUGGGAAAUUUAAGAUACCUUAAUCUUUCCUUAGGUGGAUUCCAAGGAAGGAUUCCCCAUCAACUUGGGAAUCUCUCUAAUCUGGAAUAUCUUGAUGUCAGUUGGGCUAAUUUCUUGAUCAUUGUUGAUUUAGAUGAGGCUGAGAAUGGCUAUUAUGGCGCUCUGCGUGUUGACAAUUUGCAAUGGCUAUCAGGUCUUUCUUUGUUGAAACACCUUGACUUGACUUUCGUAGAUCUCAGCAAAGCCUCUGAUUGGUUGCAGGUGAUAAAAACAUUCCCUUCCUUAGAAGUGUUGUAUAUGAUAGAUUGUCAACUCCAUAACUUUCCCCCACAGCCUAUUACAAAUCUUUCCUGUCUUGCCAGUCUUCAUUUAAGUGAAAAUUAUUUUGAAGGUCCAAUCCCUGAUGGACUUCAAAAUUUGACUUCCCUUAGACACCUUUAUAUCAGUUUUAACUAUUUCAAUUCUUCACUACCUGACUGGUUGUACAAACUUAGCCAUCUAGAGGAACUUUAUCUUAUGUUCAAUCGCUUGCAAGGUAGGUUAGAUACUCUAGGAAAUUUGACUUCUAUCAAAGAACUUGAUCUCUCAAACAAUAGAUUUGAAGGUGGAAUCCCAGUAUCAUUCGAAAGACUUUGCAACUUAAGGAGAUUCUAUAUCUCAGGGGUUGAAUUGAAUCAAGAAAUAUCUGCAGUCCUGGAUAUUUUCUCUAGGUGUGUUUCAGAUGUACUUGAGGAUUUGGAAAUGAGUAGUUGUAAACUUUUUGGUCGUUUAACCAAUCAACUUGGACAGCUAAAAAAUGUAUAUACUCUUUUUUUAGAUUAUAACUCUAUUUCUGGUCCUGUUCCAUCAGCUUUAGGAAGACUUGGGUGUUUGCAAAGUCUUGAUUUUUCCCACAACAUGUUCAACGGAACUAUUUCCGAUAUCCAUUUUGCGAAUCUCACAAGAUUAUUGCAAUUUGGUGCAUCUGGAAACUCUCUAAUGUUGAAAUUCAGUCCUCAUUGGGUUCCUCCUUCUAAACUUCAAUUUUUAAGUUUGAGUUCUUGUUAUUUAGGACCUCAAUUCCCAACAUGGCUUCAUUCACAAAAGCAUCUACGUUAUCUAGAUAUAUCCUACUCAGGUAUUUUAGAUCAUUGCCCAAUAUAUUUGUUUCAACUUCCAUUCAAGCUUGUCUAUUUAGAUCUUUCACAUAAUGGUAUCUUUGGUCAUAUUCCAAAUUUGACACAGUCAAAUAGACUUGAGUUUCUUGACUUAAGUACUAAUAAUUUAUCAGGUCUUUUGCCUCUUAUACCCCUUAAUUUGUAUAUGCUAGAUCUAUCCAACAAUUCUUUGUCAGGAUCAAUUUCUCAUUUCUUAUGUGAUGGAAUAAACACAUCAAAGCCUUUGAUGCAAAUUCUCAUCCUUAAGAAAAACCUUCUAUAUGGAAAUUUACCUGAUUGUUGGAUGAACUUUCCAUACUUAAUAGCUCUGAAUUUAAAUGAGAAUAAAUUUUCUGGAAUCAUUCCAAUCUCUUUUGGAUCUUUAAGUUCUCUUCAGUAUUUACAUCUCCGCAAAAACCACCUCUUUGGAACUAUACCUGUGUCAAUCACAAAUUGUACAGAGAUAGUUACACUUGAUCUUGGUGAAAAUGCGCUUGUUGGGAAUGUUCCAGCAUGGUUGGGAAUAAGUUUUCCUCAAAUGGUAAUUCUCAAUCUUCGAUCAAACAAGUUUCAUGGACCUUUACCAAGAGAACUUUGCCAUCUUGCUUUGCUACAAAUGUUAGACAUUGCUGAAAACAAUUUUCACGGAAUCGUACCAAGAUGUAUCAGUAACUUUAGUGCCAUUACAAACUAUUCUAGAGAAAGCUCAAAUCUACGAUAUGGCGAAACUGAUGAAUUCUUUCAAGGUUAUAUUGAAGAUGCAUUACUUGUGAAUAAAGGUCAACUAGUUCAAUAUAGCACAAUUCUUGAAUUGGUGAAAAUAGUAGAUCUCUCCAAAAAUAAGUUCACUGGAGAGAUUCCAAUGGAAGUGACAAAUCUUGUUGCAUUGCAAACUUUGAAUUUGUCACACAAUUAUUUUACUGGUACAAUUCCUGAGGAUAUUGGUGUUAUGAGAUCAUUGGAGUGUAUUGAUUUGUCUUAUAAUCAACUUUCUGGUGAAAUCCCACAAAGCAUUUCGAAUUUAACGUUUUUGAGUCAUUUGAACUUUUCCAAUAACAAGUUAAUUGGAAAGAUUCCUUUAAGCACUCAAAUACAAGGGUUUGAUGCUUCCUGUUUCACUGGUAAUGAUCUUUGUGGACCUCCCCUUCCCAAGAAUUGUGGUGCAGUUGUCACAACAUCAAACUACAAUGAGGGAAAAGAUGACAAAAAACAUGAAGUUGACUGGUUCUACGUGAGCAUGGCACUUGGAUUUAUGGUGGGUUUUUGGGCCGUGAUAAAUCCGUUAUUCGUCAGCAGAAGAUGGAGGUUUAUGUAUUAUAAUUUCUUAGAUAGUCUUUGGAUCAAAUUUGGCAGUGUUGUAAGAAAAUGUUGUGGGUUAUUUUCUGUUUGAAGAUAUGUAUGUACUUUGUUUAAUGUACAACAAGCAUUCUUGUAAAAAGUGUUCCAAUAAAGGGAUG